AUGAACGUGAACGUGAAUGUGGCCGAGACCCGCGAGGUGACCCGGAUUGAGCGCAUCGGGGCGCACUCACAUAUCCGCGGGCUGGGCUUGGACGACACUUUGGACCCACGGCCCGUCUCCCAGGGUCUGGUGGGCCAAACCAGUGCGCGGCGUGCCGCCGGUGUGGUGUGCGAAAUGGUCAAAGAGGGCAAAAUCGCCGGCCGAGCCGUGCUCAUCGCCGGUCAACCCGGCACCGGCAAGACGGCCAUCGCUAUGGGCAUUGCUCAGGCCUUGGGCGUGGACACCCCCUUCACGGCCAUGGCCGGCUCGGAGAUCUACAGUUUGGAGAUGAGCAAGACCGAAGCCUUGACGCAGGCCUUCCGCAAGAGCAUCGGCGUCCGGAUUCGAGAGGAGACCGAGAUCAUCGAGGGCGAGGUGGUCGAGGUUCAAAUCGAUCGACCGGCCACGGGCACGGGUGCCAAGAUUGGCAAGCUCACGCUCAAGACCACCGAGAUGGAGACCGUGUACGAUCUGGGCACCAAAAUGAUCGAUUCGGUCAUCAAGGAGAAGGUCCAGGCCGGCGAUGUCAUCACGAUUGACAAGGCCACGGGCAAGAUCACCAAACUGGGGCGAUCCUUCACGCGGGCCCGCGACUAUGACGCCACCGGCGCUCAAACCCGCUUUGUCCAGUGUCCCGAGGGCGAGUUACAGAAGAAGAAGGAAGUCACUCACACCGUCACCCUCCAUGAGAUCGAUGUGAUCAACUCCCGCACCCAAGGCUUCCUGGCCUUGUUCUCGGGCGACACGGGCGAGAUCAAGCCCGAAGUGCGCGAUCAAAUCAACGCCAAAGUCUCGGAAUGGCGCGAAGAAGGCAAGGCCGAGAUCGCACCCGGCGUCCUUUUCGUUGAUGAGGUUCAUAUGUUGGACAUGGAAUGCUUCUCGUACUUGAAUCGCGCUUUGGAGGAUGACAUGGCGCCCAUCGUGGUCAUGGCCACCAACCGGGGCAUCACCCGCAUCCGAGGCACCAAUUACACCUCUCCCCACGGCAUUCCCAUCGAUCUUUUGGACCGGAUGAUUAUCAUUCCCACGUCGCCGUAUCAAGAAAAAGAGCUCAUGGAAAUCCUUAAGAUCCGAUGUGAGGAGGAAGAUUGCGAAAUGGGCGAAGAUGCCAUGAAAGUCCUGACCCGAAUCGCCGUGGAGGCCAGUCUUCGAUAUGCCAUCCAAUUGAUCUCCGUGGCUAAUUUGGUGUGCAAGAAACGGAAAGGUACGUCCAUUUCGGUGGAUGACAUCAAACGUGUGUAUUCGUUGUUCAUCGAUGAAGCUCGCUCAUGUCAAUUCUUGUCCGAAUAUCAGAACGAGUUCAUGUUCAAUGAGGUGGCACCAGUGAGCAAAACGGAGGAUGUUUCCAAAGAUUCCGAGGUCGAAGGUGAGGUCGAACAGGUCAUGGAAACAUCAUCUUAAAUGGGAAUACCACUUCCGAACAGUAUCUCAACCUCUGAAUUGAACACGCUUGACCGAAAUAUACAUGUACGUACAAUAAACUUUCAAAGGCCCAUUAA